AUGAACGGCCACGGAGUUUCGUCCCGUCUCUACUCCCCCUCCACCCCGCAACUCGCCGAGUUCAAAGACAUUUGCUCGCGAACCACAGACCCUGCAACCUACCCACUAGCCAGCGAAAUCAAAUCCAACAUCCCCAUCUACGACCUCGCGGCCCUCGAAUCCACCGGCCUGACAGCAGACCUCAUCAACCGCCUGCAAGAUGAAUGGCACCACAUCCUCCACACCGGGGCGGGCGUCUACGUGCUCCGGUCCAUGUACGCACCAGCGAAAUACGAAACAACCCUAAACACCACCAAUGAGGCCUUCAACGCGAUCAUCGCGCGCGAAGCCGCCCAAUCAACCAAGAAAGGCGACCACUUCGCCGUCGGCGGCUCCAACGACCGCAUCUGGAACUCCUUCUCAAAACACGCCCUGCAAGACCCAUCCUCCUUCAUCGACUACUACUCCAACCCGUGGCUCGCAAUCGUCUCCGAGUCCUGGCUGGGCCCGGCCUACCGUGUGACCGCCCAAGUCAACGCCGUGCACCCCGGCGGCGCCGCUCAGGAAGCCCACCGCGACUACCACCUCGGCUUCCAGGAAGAAGUCGCCUGCAAGCGCUACCCAGCCGCGACGCAGCUGACCUCGCAGUUCCUGACACUGCAGGGCGCGGUCGCGCACAGCGACAUGCCUAUCUCGAGCGGCCCAACCCGCUUCCUGCCCUUCAGCCAGACGUACAAGUCCGGGUAUCUGGCGUGGCGCAAGCCCGAGUUCCGCGCUUUCUUCCAGGAGAGCUAUGUUGCGCUGCCAUUGAGCUUUGGCGACGGGUUGUUCUUUAACCCGGCGCUGUUCCAUGCUGCCGGUGCUAACGAGAUGGAUCCCCAGAAUGGGGGCUUCCGACGUGUGGCGAAUUUGCUGCAGAUUAGUAGUGCCUUUGGAAAGCCUAUGGAGACGGUUGAUUCCGUGCCGCUUGUGGAUGCGACUUGGGAUUUGCUGCUUGAGCGGUUCCGCGCUGCUGGCGGCGCUUUGGCGACCCAGGAACUUGACCCUGAUACGUAUUCGUUGCAGCAGAGGGAAAUUAGGGCUUUUGUACAGGCUGUUGCGGAGGGAUAUCCUUUCCCUACGAAUUUGGAUCAGAGACCGCCUGCGCUGAGCGGCAUGGCGCCGGAGAGUGAGCAGGAUAUUGUGGUGAAGGGGUUGGAGGGUGGUUGGGAUAGGAAGCAGGUUGUUGCUGCGCUGGAGAAGAUCCAUGUUGACUCGCGGGCGUAA